UUUGAUUUAUCCUUUUCUCCUUUUGUUUUUAGUGCAAAAAUCCAACCAAAAAGAAAGCAAAGCCCAUCUUUAUAUGUAUGUAUAAAAUCACAUAGCACAUUGAUCAUGGUGAUUUGGUUUUCUAUCUUCUUUCUUUGCUUCUUUCUUUCUUUUUAUCCCUCUCAAUUUUCAAGGUUCAUGAUAAAAGUUAUUGUUUGGAAGGUAGAAUAAUUGCUAUUAUAUUAGUUUGCGCCGGGAAGAAAGAGAGAAAGGAAGGAAGGAAAUGGGAAGGAAAUGCUCACAUUGUGGGAAUGUAGGACAUAAUUCAAGAACUUGCCACUUUGAGAAAGAAAGUCUCCGGUUAUUUGGUGUGAAACUACACUCUAACUCUUCUUCUUCUUCUCAUCUUUUCUUGAAGAAGAGUUUUAGUGUGGAUUGCUUGUCUUCUUCAUCCACUACUACUACACCUCCUCCUCCUCCUCCUCCUUCUUCUUCUUCUUCUUCUUCUACUACUACUACUAGUACUUUUGGAGAUAAUGUUGAUAUUAAAUUGUCUACUGGCUAUCUCUCCGAGGGACUUGCUGCACCUACCCAAGAAAUCAGGAAGAAAGGUGUGCCAUGGACUGCAGAAGAGCACCAGAUCUUUCUGCUAGGGCUCCAAAAGCUAGGCAAAGGUGACUGGAGAGGCAUUUCUAGGAACUUUGUGACUACAAGAACUCCAACACAAGUAGCGAGUCAUGCUCAAAAAUAUUUUCUUAGACAAAACUCCUUCAACAAAAGGAAACGCCGCCCUAGCCUCUUCGAUAUGGAGAGCAGCCAGUCCUCAAUUUCCAAGCUAAAUGAACGCAACAAUUUUUGUGGGUUAGCAUUGAAGAACACGGAAGCCUAUUCUCCAGGUUCUUACUCCAAAAACUUGGGUUUAACACAUCACUUGAUAUUGCCUACUUGGUUAAAUGAACCGCUAAUCAGCUCCAGGCCUACUUCUUUUGGUUUAACUAGUCGUAAUGUUCAACACUUGGCACCAGAUUUAGAGCUAAAACUUGCAGCCCCAGCUUCAUUGGACCAAAGUAAAUCAUGUUCUGAUGACUUUCUAAUCGGACCGAUUAGAGUGACGUGAGGAUCAUAUAGAGAAAAGGUAAAUUUUAAUUUGAGAUAUCGGAGUGCUAAUCAACAGGACAAUACAAAAAAUAUGUACGUGUGAUAUUCAUAUUCGGAAUCUUCAUAUAUAUUUUUUUAAUUUUAAACAAAGUAUAUGUAAUCACUUUAUGAUUUUACUAUUUUAUGAGACUGAUUAUCAUAAAGUACCA